AUGGACAGCCCGAAAGGAAACGGAUUAUCAGGGAAAAGAAACAUGGUCAAAAAUAUAAGUAACAUCAUGAAAGGUGAUAGAUCCUUGAAGAAUUCAGAUUGUAACAGAGGAAGAAGACAGCAGAACCUAAGUAGAAGAAAUGCUACCAUUGUUUCACAGAGCUCAACAUACAAUUUCACAGAUAGCAUCACAAGCCAGCAUGUGUAUCGAUCUGCAGAAAAAGCAAACGACGGGGAAAAUGGGACGAAAGAAGCAGACUGUGCUCAUACUUCUCCUGGACACGAUAAAGCAUGGUUUCAAAUCGAACUUGAUGCGCUUUAUAGCUUAAAAUCAAUCACAAUUACAUAUAGAGAUGAAGUUGCAAACGUGUCUGCAGCAAACCCAUCACAAGUAACUACAGAGAGGUUUCGAUGUCACAAAGACAACACUCCUGAUGGUGAAAUACCUCCAAGUGUCAUUGACAUUCCUUGUAAACAGGCGGCGAAAUAUGUGAUUGUUGAAACCACGUAUGAUGCGCCUAAUGAUUCAAAUACAGGAGCUAUUCUAGAAAUAUGUGAAGUUGAAGUUUACGGAUGUCCACUUCAUAGUUACGGUGAUGAAUGUCGACCAUGCGAAAACUGCAAAUUCUGCGAUAUUGAGUUCGGAUGUUUCUCUGUGAAGUCAGAUGUUGAGAUAUUAGGAGAAGAUGAUUCUACUAUACCUAUGAUUGGUGCUGGAGUUGGUGGUGUUGUGGUCAUUGCUAUUAUUGUAAUCAUCGUUGUAGUGUUGCUAAGGAUGCGACGUACUAAAGAAGAAAAUCAAAGUGUUGCAUAUAGACAAAGCUAUAAUGAGAACAUUGGUAACAGUAAUCUUCAACAAGCUUCAGUUGAAAGAGAAGACGAAACUGAAGAACCUUACGAAGAGAAGCCUGAAGAGGCAGUGUAUUAUAACAAUCUUACCUCCGCACGAGACAUAUUAGUAUCAGACCUCCACAGCAUCAUAAAAAACAAAGAAGCCAAUGAAAACGAAGGAUUUAUCAAAGAGUUCAAGACUCUUCCUUACGGAGAAAGAUUCGAUUGCCACACGGCUAAACUGGAGGAGAACAUGCAAAAGAACAGAUUUAAAACAACGUUUCCAUAUGACCACUCCAGGGUUAUUUUGGAAACAAGUGAGGACUUAACGUCAAACUACAUCAAUGCAAACUAUAUUGGGAACUUUGAAGGACAUCGUGAAUAUAUCGCAUGUCAGGGUCCUCGUGUAAACACCCUGGUCGACCACUGGAGAAUGAUCUGGCAGGAGAACAUUGAGUAUAUCGUAAUGCUUACAAACCUUAUUGAAGGACCAAAGGUGAAAUGCCACCAGUACUGGCCAGAUCAAAACAAACAACUUGAUGUCGAUCCAUUUUCUGUAACUCUUGUAGAGGAAAAGGUUUAUGCUUACUUUGUCAUAAGGAGAAUGUCAGUGCGAAAAGAGAGCGUCUCUGAGUCAAGGACGGUCGUACAAUUUCACUACACACGAUGGCCAGAUCACGGGACUCCCAGUCCACUAGAUCUGGUUGUCUUCCACAGACAGUACCGACAUAAAAUAAAACCAUCUCACAACCCAAUUCUCGUGCACUGCAGUGCGGGCAUUGGUCGAACAGGCACUUUUAUAGCUCUGGAUGUGUUGUCUAGAUGUGGGGAGAAGAAAGGGAAAAUCAACGUUGUGGAAUACGUUAAAGCUAUGCGUAAGGACAGGAUGACAAUGAUACAAAAUGCAGAUCAAUAUGCCUUUCUUUACCAUGCAUUAUACGAGUUCUUCAGGCGAAAAUGGAAAUUCAUCGGAAAAGACGAUUUUGUUCAGCUAUAUAGAGAUAUGGAAAAGCAAGAAACAAGAAAACGUUGCACAGAUGAGUUCAAUGAACUUACAAGUUUGAGACCAAAUUACAGUGACGAUAAUUUCGAAACCGGGAAGAAAUAUCAAAACCUGAAUGUGACAAAAUCAGUUUUACCAGUUGAGCAAUAUCUCAUGUAUUUGACUUCCAAUAUUCAUGGGCGAGAACCUUACUAUAAUGCAGUUUCUGCCUCGUCAUUUAGCCGAGCUGAGGAGUUUAUUUCUGCGCAACUUCCGGUAACUGAUGCUGCAGUUGAUCUUGUUCGUCUUUUGAUUGAUCAAGAAUCAUCGUUUCUGAUUUCAUUAAAUCCUUUAGCUGAUGUCGAAGAGCUGAAAGAUUGGGUGUCAGAAGAAAUGAAAACGUUCAAUCUAAAUCCAUAUGAAAUCACAAAAGUUGAACAGAGAACACUAUCUGAAGAAAUGCAAAAGACCACUAUAAAGCUUAAAGGGAAAGAGGUUACUACCCAUAAAGUGCAAAUCUUUGAAUGCCUUAAUUGGAAGUCCUCUGAUAGAAUUCCAGCUGAACCGUCCACAUUGACAAAUCUAAUCAAACAAUUCAGCCUCGAUCGUAAAUCUGACACUGAUGGGCAUAUAACGGUCAUAUCCAAAGAUGGUGCCACCUGCUGUGGAGUUUUUUGUACUGUAUAUAACGCAAUAGAACAGCUAGAGAUAGACGGGGAAGUUGAUAUUCUAACUAUCGUACAGCAGCUGCAGAUUCGGAGACCAGAAAUGAUAUCAACAAAGGAAGAAUACGAAUUCUGCUUCAAGGCUGUAUGUAAUUAUCUGAGUAUGGACAGUGUGUACGCAAAUACCUAA